AUGCCGGAACUCGUAGGCAAGCAAGUCGGACAAAUAGGCUUCGGCCUCAUGGGCCUCACAUGGCGCCAAAGCCCCCCACCCAAGGAGCAGAGUUUCGAGACGAUGCGCACGGCGCUGUCUCUGGGCGCCAACAAUUGGAACGGCGGCGAACUGUACGGGCCUCCUGAUGCCAACUCACUGCAGCUUCUUAACGAGUACUUCACAAAGUACCCAGAGGACGCGGACAAGGUUGUGCUUUCCAUCAAGGGCGGCUUGCUGCCGGGCCAAAUGAAGCCUGAUGGCAGCCAGAAGAACGUGCAGCGCAGUAUCGACGAGUGUUUGAAGUGGCUCGAUGGCAAGAAGAGUCUUGAUCUCUUCGAAUGUGCGCGUGUGGACCCCAACACGCCCAUUGAAGACACUAUCAGCUACAUCGCCGAGUACGUCAAGGCCGGCAAGCUCGGCGGCAUCAGUCUGUCCGAAGUGGGCGCAAACUCGAUCCGCAAGGCGGCCGGCGUGCACAAGAUCUCGGCUGUCGAGGUCGAGUUCUCACUCUUCUGUACCGAUAUCCUCGAGAACGGCGUUGCAAAAGCAUGCGCAGAGCUGAACAUCCCCAUCGUGGCGUACUCGCCUCUUGGCCGGGGGUUCUUGACGGGCAGGUACAAAAAGCACAGUGACUUGGAGCCCGACUCGAUGCUGCGUCACCUGCCGCGGUUCCAGCCAGACGUUUUCGACGAGAACGUCAAGCUGGUGCACGCAGUUGAGGGGAUUGCGCAGAAGAAGGGCGUCACGCCUGGACAGAUUGCAUUGGGGUGGGUGUUGCACCAGAGCGGUAAGGCAGGAAUGCCUACCUUCAUCCCCAUCCCGGGAGCUACCACAUCGGCGAGGGUCAAGGAGAACAUGAAGCCUGCGCAGCUCGACGAGGCGGACAUGAAGGAGCUCUCCGCGAUUCUGGAAAAGUUCCCAAUUGUUGGCGAUAGGUACCACAAGGAAGUUGCGGCGCUGUCCUGGGCUUGA